CCCAACGUACGCAUGCGCAACCAAUCUAUGGAGGAUUUGUUCAGAGAGUGCUGACCUGUUGGGCCGUCUGUGUAAUCAGAUUUACGAAAUCGAAAUUGAUCUUGAGGCAAGAUGUCGAAGCUGUUUGUUCCUCUGGUGCUCCUGGCUGAGCUUCUUGGUCUGGUGUCCUGCAUCUUGAUUGGACUGUGGAUGGGAAGGUAUCUCGGUGGGUUUGCUUGGGAUGGUUCCAGUCAAGAGUUCAACCUCCAUCCACUCCUCAUGACAGUAUCAAUGGUUUUUCUCUAUGGAAACGCCACCAUGAUCUACCGUAUUUUCACUGGUGUCGAUGUCCCUCGCAUCGCUGUCAAGGCAACCCACGCUGGGGCUCUUCUUCUAGCCACCAUCAUGAUGUCAGUUGGAUUGACGGCCGUGUUUCAAAAUCACAACGCUAAUGGAAUCCCCAACUUAUACAGUCUUCAUAGCUGGUUAGGAAUUACAACGGUGUCCAUGUUCUUAUUACAGCUAGUACUUGGUUUAGGAAUCUUUUUACUUCCAUUUGCCUCAAGCCAACUCCGUGCAUCCUACUUAUCAUCCCAUGUCUUCUUUGGUAUUGCUAUCCUCUCGAUGGCAGCAGCGACGUGUCUUAUCGGCAUCCUAGAGAAAAUCAUGUUUUCAGGGAUUAAGUAUUCGGACCUGCCUGCUCCAGCGAUUAUUGCAAACGCAGCGGGAUUGACCAUUGUUGGAUUCGUCAUCACUGUGGCGUACAUCUUAACCACAAACAAGGCAGCAUCAUCCCCGAAUAGAAACUACUCCAAUCUCCACUGAGAUGUUCAUCGCAUAACCGAGAAUCCAUCUCUGAAUAAAUACCCCAACCCAAA